AUGUCAAGUGUCGGUCUUGAGGGGUGGAUUCUGCUCUUCGUCAACAUUGCAGUCGUUCAGGGACCAUUGACGCUUGGGCUGCGUUGCUCGGAGCUCAUCGUGAAUGUCAUUCGAGACGAAACACAGUGGAGAUGCGCUACCGGAAAGAAAGGACGCAAAGUGGCGACGAACCCGCUGAAGCCGAUUUUCACACAUCUACUCUGUCUCGUGCUUUUCCUCGCGAAGCCUUUCCUGCACUGGAUGUUUGGGCUUUUAUUCACCAUUUCUGUCUCAGCCACUGACGAGAACAUAAGAUAUCUGCCGGUAUACAUGUACACCGCUCAGAUCUGGAACUUAUGCGUUGCGCUCUUUAUAUUUGCCUGUGACUCCAAUUUCGUCGCAGUGCACCGACCGUGUGGUCUCCAACCAGCUGCAUAUGCCACCUCCAAACGCUCGCCAACCUCAUAG